GCGCAUGCGCAUUUCCGAAGGGGUUUUCUGAAAGACUGUAGCCUUUAUCAGUCGGUGUUAGUCUCUUUUGGAGGAUAUUAUUCUUAUCUCACGACAGAUGGACACCUCAGAUCCUCACGCUCUCAGUCCUUUUAAGAGCACCAAUUUAACAAUAAUGAAAGAAAGAACAUCGUUGAAUCAGGUCAUGGCUUUUAAAACAUCCAACAUACAGCGAGUGGUCCAGAUGGUGCAGAGGGUGGCGCAGAAGAGCUGCAGGAGGGCUUGCCAGUUCUUCUGCUGCCCGUUAGACGCUCUGCUGUGUGAAAAGGUCACGUGCUGCCCAGCUCAAGACCAUCAGUUUACAGAGGAUAAAACUACACAAGUUGCACUCCGGAAUCCGCCAUCAACCAUUUUGAUUGUGAACAUCAGCAACUCCACCCUGAUCGACUGCGUCAUUGGGAAUGAUACGUAUCCAUCGGCAGUGACAGAAAGUCAGCCUCUGAUGCAGGGAUCUGAGCCCUACAGGCAUGAUCAGAUGAGGUGCAGCUGUAGCCAUGGACAGCAGGGGGCAGGACAGACCUCUCCUCCUUCACCUCCUCCUCCUCCUCACUGUCCUCCCUUUCCACCAGAGGAGCAUCCGAGCAUCAACAUCCACAGCUCCCAUCUCAACUGUGUCAUCAUCGGAGACAACAACUACAUGCAUGCUGAGCAGAUCCGCUCAUCCGAAACCGAAGAGCCAUGAGUGUGAGGCUUGGACCACACAGAACUGACACACACGCACACUACACACUCAAAAAACACUGGCAUCUUUGCAAGGAUAAGAACUUAAACUCAGUAUUAGGAGGAAAUGUAGUUUUCUGUCAGUCUUCAGACCACUCACUCUUUUUUCUUAUUUUUUUCUGACUUGUAAUUUAUUUUCUAACAAUUGUAAUAAUCUUACCAAUACUUGACUAUAAAAUGUCAGAAAAUAGUUAAACAAAGGUUCAUCAUAGUUUCCCAGAGGGAAAUAGAUUUAUUUUUUUUUGCUCUGGUUUUGAUGUGACUCUAAGUGGUCUCAGCCCUGACAUUUCUGAGUAGUGAUGUAAAAAUAUAACCAUAGUUCAUUACAGUGUUGUAAGAGUUCCUGCACGCACAAACAAACGUCAACUCCCUUAUUAUAGCUUUAAUAUAAAAUAAUUCUCUCUAGUCAAGGGGUUUCCUGUUAUGCAAUGCCGGGUCUUCUGCUCCUUUGUCAGAUAUGAGGACACAAAGUUGGGAGUGGUGGAAAUUUGUAUUGCAUUCCCACAUAGAUGUGACUUUUUAAUGAUUCAUCUCUCUAUGACUAGUUGAAUCUGUAAUGUAAGUCCUGAUAUGCUUACUGAUGCACUGUUAAGUUGUUCACUUGCUGUAGGAUUCAUUAAUUGUAUAUUGUGUAAUGGCACAGACAAACAGUGAAAUACUGUGUGUCUGUGUCUGAAAUCCUUAUCAUGUCAUGGUAAAGGUAUAGACCUAUGUUAAAAUGUAUGGCCUAUGGUCACUAACAGUAGACUACUUAGUAGUGUUCUUUGCCAGAAGUCAUUAGAUUUCUUGCAUUUUUAUGUUUGAUAUUGUUUAAUCUUAUAAAAUAUGUUUUUGAACUUUGAA